AUGGAAGAGGAGAAAUACUUGCCUGAGCUGAUGGCCGAGAAAGACAGCCUGGACCCAUCUUUUGUGCACGCCUCGCGCCUGCUGGCCGAAGAAAUUGAAAAAUUUCAAGGUGCUGAUGGAAAAAAGGAAGAUGAAGAAAAGAAAUACCUUGAUGUCAUCAGCAACAAAAACAUAAAGCUCUCAGAAAGGGUAUUGAUUCCUGUCAAACAGUAUCCAAAGUUCAAUUUUGUGGGGAAAUUGCUUGGACCAAGAGGAAACUCCUUGAAGAGGCUACAGGAAGAAACAGGUGCUAAAAUGUCUAUCCUGGGCAAAGGAUCAAUGAGAGAUAAAGCAAAGGAAGAAGAACUAAGGAAGAGUGGGGAAGCCAAAUAUGCCCACUUGAGUGAUGAACUUCAUGUAUUAAUUGAAGUGUUUGCUCCACCUGGGGAAGCUUAUUCACGUAUGAGUCAUGCAUUGGAAGAGAUUAAAAAAUUUCUGGUUCCCGACUACAAUGAUGAAAUUCGUCAGGAACAACUACGUGAAUUAUCUUACUUAAAUGGCUCGGAGGACUCGGGUCGUGGCAGAGGUAUCAGAGGCAGAGGGAUCAGAACAGCUCCCACAACUCCUUCAAGGGGCCGUGGGGGUGCCAUUCCUCCUCCCCCACCACCUGGACGAGGUGUUCUCGCCCCUCGAGGGACCACUGUGACCCGUGGUGCUCUUCCAGUGCCCCCUGUAGCGAGAGGCGUCCCUACCCCGCGAGCCCGGGGGUCACCCACUGUGCCAGGAUACAGGGCACCCCCUCCUCCAGCCCACGAGGGGUAUGAAGAGUAUGGUUAUGAUGAUGGCUAUGGGGGUGAAUAUGAUGACCAGACCUAUGAGACCUAUGACAAUAGCUAUGCCACUCAAGCGCAAAGCAUGCCUGAAUACUAUGACUACGGUCAUGGAGUAAGUGAGGAUGCCUAUGACAGCUACGCACCAGAAGAAUGGGCCACGACCCGCUCCAGCCUGAAGGCACCACCACCAAGGUCAGCCCGAGGGGGAUACAGGGAGCACCCCUAUGGUAGAUACUGAGGGU